AUGCGUAUGCAACUCUCAUUACUUCUUCUAUUGCUCAUUUAUGCAAUUGGGGUGCUUGCUGUGCCUGCGCCGACUCCUGCUCCCACUCCUGGUCCUACUACAACCGACAUCGCCCGUGUCCAGCGACGAGCCACAGAAACAACCAAUGAUUAUGACCCCCAUAUCACAAUUGACGUUCCCAAGAUCUCGAUCAAGCCCUUCAGUCUGUCGCUGGAUCUGCCUUCCAACACCUGCACACCUACCGUUACUCCCGAUGCGAAUGGCUGGGUUCCAGCAACCGAGUGCAAUGCCCUCUACCAGUACUACCCAUCCUUUGGCGCUGCAAUCGCCUUUUCCGUUCUCUUUGGUGUCUUGAUGAUUACGCAUUUUGUCCAGGCCACCGUUUACAAGGCAGGGUUCGUCUGGGUCAUCUUGAUGAGCGCGACAUGGGAAUGUGUAGGGUUUGUGACACGCACACUGAGUACGCGGAAUCAGCAGGACAGUACUCUUGCCACAAUCACUCAAUUGUUUAUUCUUUUGUCUCCAUUGUGGGUCAAUGCAUUCGACUACAUGGUUCUGGCUCGGAUGAUCCACUUCUUCGUACCGGACCGCCGAAUAGGCAUCUUCAAACCCUCCCUGCUCGCCAUGAUCUUUGUCAUUUUGGACCUGGGGUCCUUUGUCAUCCAGUUGAUUGGAGGUGGCAUGGCUGGACCCGGGGCGGACCACGACACGAUGAUGAAGGGUAUUCACAUCUACAUGGGCGGUAUCGGAAUCCAGGAAUUCUUCAUUGUCCUCUUCCUGUUCAUCGCGAUACAAUUCCACCGCCAGAUGCUUCACCUAGAUCGCCAAGGAAGUCUGGUCGGAGUAAAGGCCAAAUGGAGAGGCUUGCUAUAUGCGUUGUACGCGAGUCUGCUGUUCAUCACUGUGCGCAUCAUCUUUCGCCUGGUGGAAUUCUCCUCUGGGAACGACGCUUCAAAUCCCAUUCCACGGCAUGAGUGGUACAUGUACGUUUUCGACGCAGUUCCAAUGUGGGUUGCCAUUGCGGUUUGGAACGUGGUACAUCCGGGGGCUAUCAUCAAAGGCCCCGACGCAAGGAUGCCACCAAGUCCUCUGCGCAAGGUCUUCUGUUGCGCAUGCUGUUGUUCCUGCUGCAAAAAGCGAAAGAACAAGGACAUGCAGAAGAUUCCGGAUAAUCAUGACCUAGGAGGAGACGAGAUGUUGCCGCUGCGUGAGCGGGCGGCUUCCCCUUACAGAUGA